CAUUACUACUACGUCGUCGGACACGCCACACCUAAUCACUCUAACUUUACCCAUUUUGCUCGUUAAUUAAACAAACCUUCUCUCUCUCUCCGACGCUCCUUUCUUUCCAUUUCGCUCUUCCCCUACUUCUCUCUCUAUAUCUCUGCAAUCUCUCUCUACAGAUUCUCUCCGCCUAGAUUUUCCUAUACCUCUUCCUCUCUCUAUCUCUCUCUCCAUAACCGCUUCCUCGCGCUACGGCGGCACGGCCAGACACGAAGCUCCGGCGGUUUGCUUAGCGGUGGAGGUUUCGUGCAAUCGAAGUUUUGACAGAUGCAGUCAAUCUCGGUUUCGUCGUGUCUCUGCCAUCGCCACCGGAUGUGAUGACUGUACUCUUCAGUCAAUGGCUGUCUACGUGCUUCAUUUGAGUUUGAUUCUGUUGCUACUGUCCGCAAACCCUAGUGCUACUAGUAGUGAUAGUGGCUUCCAUUUUGCUGCUCCGGUUGAGGAAUUCGACUCCGACUGGCUUCUCUUCCACCAGGACUACUCCCCGCCGGCGCCGGCUCCUCCGCCUCCCCAUCCGCCCUCCGUUUCCUGCGAGGGUGAUCUGGGAGGUAUCGGUUCUCUGGAUACCACGUGUAAGAUAGUGUCUGAUUUGAAUAUUACCAAAAGUGUGUAUAUAGAAGGGAAGGGCGAUCUUUACAUCCUCCCCGAUGUCACUGUCAAUUGCACGUUUGCGGGUUGCGAAAUCGCGAUUAAUGUUACUGGGAACUUCAAGCUGGAUGAUAAUUCGACUAUACUUGCCGGGACUUUUCAGCUUGUUGCGAACAAUGCGACGUUCGGCAACGGUUCGGUUGUGAACACCACCGGGUUAGCGGGUUCGGCUCCGGAACAGACAAGUGGGACACCUCAAAACUUGGAUGGGGGAGGCGGGGGGUAUGGAGGAAGAGGGGCGGCCUGUUUGACGGACACAAAGAAACUGCAGGAGGACGUUUGGGGUGGGGAUGCGUAUGGGUGGUCGACAAUGCAGGUGCCAUUUAGUUACGGAAGUAAAGGCGGAACAAGUAGCAAGGAUGUAGACUAUGGUGGGGGCGGGGGUGGAAGGAUAAUGUUGGUGGUGGAUAGGUUCCUAGAAGUGAAUGGCUUCUUGUUGGCUGAUGGGGGUGACGGAGGUACUAAAGGUGGAGGUGGUUCUGGUGGCAGCAUCUACAUCAAAGCUUAUAAGAUGACUGGAAUUGGUGAAAUAAGUGCUUGCGGUGGUGAUGGUUUUGCUGGCGGAGGCGGUGGAAGAGUUUCAGUUGACAUUUUUAGUAGACAUGAGGAUCCAAAAAUCUAUGCUUAUGGAGGAAGUAGCCGUGGCUGCUCAGAAAAUGCUGGUGGUGCAGGAACCUUUUAUGAUAAUGUUCCACGCACCCUUACUGUUAACAACCUCAACAAAUCAACGGAUACUGACACACUUCUCAUGGAUUUUCCUCAGCCACUUUUGACUAAUGUUUAUAUUAGUAACCAUGCGAAGGUUACUCUUCCUUUGCUUUGGAGUCGUGUUCAGGUCCAGGGACAAAUUAGCCUCUUGUAUUAUGCGUCAUUGAGCUUUGGGCUGGCAAAAUAUUCAAUGUCAGAAUUUGAAUUAUUGGCAGAAGAGCUGUUAAUGAGCGACUCUAUUAUUAAGGUUUAUGGAGCUCUGCGCAUGUCUGUUAAAAUGUUUCUGAUGUGGAAUUCAAAAAUGCUUAUUGAUGGUGGUGGAGAUGCCAAUGUUGGAACAUCAAUGCUGGAGGCUAGUAACCUUAUUGUUCUUAAGGAAACGUCGUUAAUUCAUUCUAAUGCAAAUCUGGGUGUUCAUGGGCAAGGUUUACUGAAUCUAUCUGGACCAGGGGAUUGCAUUGAAGCUCAACGCCUGGUCUUAUCCUUGUUUUAUAGCAUCCAUGUUGGACCAAAAUCAGUAUUGAGGGGCCCCUUACGAAAUGUCACAACUGAUGCUUUGACACCAAAGUUGAACUGUGGUACCGAUGAUUGUCCUGUUGAAUUGCUUCGUCCUCCUGAAGACUGCAAUGUCAACUCUUCACUGUCUUUCACUUUGCAGGUCUGCCGGGUUGAGGAUAUCCUUGUUGAAGGAUUGAUAGAAGGAUCUGUUGUUCAUUUUCAUAGAGCAAGGACCAUUACAGUGAAGUCUUAUGGAAAUAUUAGUACAUCUGGAAUGGGCUGUACUGGUGGGUUGGGACAGGGACAAAUUCUAAGCAAUGGUCUUUCUGGUGGUGGCGGUCAUGGAGGUAGAGGUGGAGAUAGAUGUUUCAAUGGCAGCUGUGCAGAUGGGGGCAUAUCAUAUGGAACUACAGAUUUGCCAUGUGAACUUGGAAGUGGAAGUGGAAAUGACAGCUUAGCUGGGUCAACUACUGGUGGUGGUAUUUUGGUCAUGGGUUCAUCUGAGCAUCCGUUGUCAAGUUUAUUUGUUGAAGGCUCAGUUAAAUCUGAUGGAGACAGUUUUGAAGGAAGUUUGAGUGGAGGUUUUAUACAUACAGAGGACCUGAAUGUGGGACCAGGUGGUGGAUCUGGUGGAACUAUAUUAUUAUUUUUGCAUGCUCUUGAUCUUGGUGACUCUGGCAUCUUGUCAAGUGCUGGUGGUGAUGGCAGUUCAGUGGGUGGGGGAGGUGGAGGUGGUGGAAGGAUCCAUUUCCAUUGGUCAGAUAUUCCAACAGGAGAUGUAUACCAGCCCAUUGCUAACGUGAAAGGGAACAUUUAUGCCAGUGGUGGACUGGGUGGAAAGGAAGGAGGGAGUGGUGGAAAUGGGACUGUAUCUGGCAAAGCUUGUCCCAAAGGACUUUAUGGGAUAUUCUGUGAACCUUGUCCACUUGGAACUUUUAAGAAUGCUACUGGAUCUGAUGAAGACCUUUGUAUUUCAUGCCCAGCAGAUGAUCUUCCAAAUCGUGCCAUUUAUGUUUCUAUCCGCGGUGGUGUUACAGAUCUACCUUGUCCUUACAAAUGUGUUUCAGAGAGAUAUCACAUGCCUCAUUGUUAUACAGCUCUUGAGGAGUUAGUUUACACAUUUGGAGGGCCGUGGCUAUUUGGUCUUCUUCUUUUGGGUGUCUUAAUUCUGUUAGCCCUAGUGUUGAGUGUAGCUCGAAUGAAGUUUGUAGGUGUUGACGAGCCACCAGGCCCUGCGCCCACACAACAGGGUUCUCAGAUUGAUCACUCAUUUCCGUUUCUUGAGUCACUAAAUGAGGUUUUGGAAACAAACCGUGUUGAGGAAUCCCAGAGCCAUGUCCAUAGAAUGUAUUUUAUUGGUUCGAAUACAUUCAGUGAACCUUGGCAUUUACCUCAUACACCUCCAGAACAAAUAAAAGAGAUUGUAUAUGAGGGCGCCUUCAAUACUUUUGUGGAUGAGAUCAAUGCUAUAGCUUCAUAUCAGUGGUGGGAAGGUGCAUUACAUAGCAUUCUCUGUGUUCUUGCGUAUCCUCUAGCAUGGUCAUGGCAGCAAUGGCGCCAGAGAAUGAAGUUGCAACGUGUCCGUGAAUUUGUUAGAUCAGAAUAUGAUCAUGCUUGCUUACGUUCUUGUCGAUCACGCGCAUUGUAUGAAGGUUUGAAGGUAAAUGCAACUCCUGAUCUAAUGCUAGCAUACAUAGACUUUUUCCUUGGUGGGGAUGAAAAGAGAAGUGAUCUUCCCCCUCGUCUUCAUCAAAGGUUUCCUAUGUCUCUAUUGUUCGGUGGUGAUGGAAGUUAUAUGGCUCCAUUCUCGCUUAACAAUGACAAUAUUAUCACCAGCCUCAUGAGUCAGUGUGUCCCACCAACCACAUGGUACCGCUUUGUUGCUGGUUUGAAUGCACAAUUGCGUUUGGUACGUCAGGGUUGUCUCAGGAAUACAUUUCGCCCUGUUCUUAGAUGGCUCGAGGGUUUUGCCAAUCCAGCUUUAAGAGUGUAUGGUGUACAUGUUGAGCUUGUUUGGUCUCAAGCUACUACUGGCGGUUAUAUACAAUAUGGGCUUUUGGUACAUUCCAUUGGAGAAGUUGAGCAAACGCCUUGUGAAGAUAUUGAAGUACCUAGAAAUGAACUAUUAUGUAGUAGCGGUGUAUAUGGUGAGAAUCCAUCAGACCAUUUGAAGGAAGACAAUCCCUCAAAUCAAGGUGGUGUAGGCUCUUUAAAACGGAAAACUUAUGGUGGUAUUUUGGAUAUAAACAGCUUAAAGGUGCUCAAGGAGAAAAGAGAUGUAUUUUUUGUCCUCUCUUUUCUGAUUCAUAACACUAAGCCAGUUGGCCACCAGGAUCUUGUUGGGCUGGUAAUCUCAAUGCUGUUACUUGGAGAUUUUAGCUUAGUGCUGCUUACAUUUCUCCAGCUGUAUUCAGUAUCUAUGGCAAAUGUCUUUCUGGUUUUGUUUGUUUUGCCACUGGCAAUUUUACUUCCAUUCCCUGCUGGAAUAAAUGCUUUAUUUAGUCAUGGACCGAGGCGUUCUGCUGGCCUUGCACGUAUAUAUGCUUUAUGGAACAUCACUUCACUGAUUAAUGUUGUGGUUGCAUUUAUUUGUGGAUACGUGCAGUACCGGACCCAGUCAAGCAAAAAAUUUCCGUACUUUCAGCCAUGGAAUAUGGGUGAAAGCGUAUGGUGGAUUUUUCCAUUUGCGCUGGUUGUGUGCAAGUGUAUCCAGUCACAACUCAUAAACUGGCAUGUUGCUAAUUUAGAGAUUCAGGACAGGUCAUUGUAUAGUAAUGACUUCCAACUGUUUUGGCAAUCGUGAUAUCAUUGGCAUUGGCAUUGGCAGUCGGAAAGGUUUCUCUGAUCUUCCACUAACACCCUCAGUUUUAACAUGGGUAUUUUCUUUUUUUAAUUUUAAAUUUUUUGUUAACCAUGAAGAGAGUGCAUGGGUGACACAGGAGUAGAAAGAAAUUGAGUAGAAAAAAAAAGAGGAGAAAAUAUAGAUAGGAAAUGGAAUAGCCAGAGGCGGGCAUUCAUCAUGUGAUCUUACUUUUGGUUGUGCAGCUAUGGUGCUCACUGUGGUGUAAAUAUGAAAUAGGAUUAUUUUAUAAUCUUGGGUCGUAUUUUGGAUUAUUAUGAUGGGAUUGUACUUAAUUUU